UGCCCUUUACCCGAUAGUACUUCCUCCCUCCCUGGGCUCAGUUCCCCCGCCAGUCUCUCCGUCACUCAGAUCAACAGCAAGCUCCCCAAAUCCCCCAUUGGCUCCUUUAGCCUUUCCCACCCGGCUCCUCCCACCAGAAGCCCCGCCCCCUGCGCUACGCUCUCGCUCUGGCUUACCUUUCUCCGGCGCAGGUGGCGUAGGCGACCAAAUCCAGCGGCACAGCGACAGGACAGUCGAGCAGCCGGAAGCGGCCUCUCUUUUCCGGAACCCCACUGCCUUGUGGGACCGUGGCUGGUUCCUCCGGCCUGGGCAGGUUUUCCGGACUCCUCCGCUCCACCUCCCUCCUCGGGUACGGAAGCUGAGAGGGUCCGCGGACGGCCAUGGCGGCGCACCUCAAGAAGCGGGUGUACGAGGAAUUCACUAAGGUGGUUCAGCAACAGCAGGAGGAAAUUGCCACUAAGAAACUCCGACUGACAAAACCAAGUAAAUCUGCAGCACUCCACAUAGAUCUGUGUAAGGCUACCUCCCCAGCAGAUGCUUUGCAGUACCUACUUCAGUUUGCCAGGAAGCCUGUGGAGGCAGAAAGUGUGGAGGGAGUAGUCAGGAUUCUCUUGGAACAUUAUUACAAGGAGAAUGAUCCAUCUGUGAGACUGAAAAUUGCAUCAUUGUUGGGUUUACUGUCAAAGACAGCAGGAUUUUCACCAGACUGCAUUAUGGAUGAUGCCAUUAACAUCCUGCAGAAUGAAAAGUCUCAUCAAGUCCUAGCUCAGCUGUUGGACACUUUGCUUGCAAUUGGCACUAAACUCCCAGACAAUCAAGCUAUCCAGAUGCGAUUAGUUGAUGUAGCUUGCAAGCACCUGACAGAUACCUCACAUGGUGUAAGAAAUAAGUGCCUGCAAUUACUUGGUAAUCUGGGUUCUUUGGAGAAAAGUGUCACAAAAGAUGCAGAAGGCCUAGCUGUCAGAGACGUCCAGAAGAUUAUAGGGGAUUACUUCAGUGACCAGGACCCACGUGUCAGAACAGCAGCUAUAAAAGCCAUGUUGCAGCUCCAUGAAAGAGGACUGAAAUUAUACCAAACAAUUUAUACUCAGGCUUGUAAAUUGCUCUCUGAUGACUAUGAACAAGUGCGCAGUGCUGCAGUCCAGCUUAUCUGGGUUGUCAGUCAGCUCUAUCCUGAAAGCAUUGUCCCAAUCCCUUCUUCUAAUGAAGAAAUUCGCUUAGUUGAUGAUGCGUUUGGAAAAAUUUGUCACAUGGUCAGUGAUAGCUCCUGGGUGGUUCGAGUUCAAGCUUCAAAGCUAUUGGGCUCUAUGGAGCAAGUCAGUUCUCAUUUCUUGGAACAGACGCUUGACAAGAAGCUGAUGUCAGAUCUGAGGAGGAAACGCACUGCACAUGAACGUGCCAAGGAACUUUACACUUCAGGAGAGUUUUCCAGCGGCAGGAAGUGGGGAGAUGAUGCUCCCAAGGAAGAAGUAGAUACAGGGGCUGUGAACUUGAUCGAGUCAGGAGCUUGUGGAGCCUUUGUUCAUGGAUUGGAAGAUGAAAUGUAUGAGGUCCGCAUUGCUGCUGUAGAGGCGCUCUGCAUGCUGGCCCAGUCUUCACCCUCUUUUGCUGAGAAGUGCCUUGAUUUCCUGGUUGACAUGUUUAAUGAUGAAAUUGAGGAAGUACGUCUACAGUCCAUACAUACCAUGAGAAAAAUCUCUAACAAUAUCACCCUUCGAGAGGAUCAGCUUGACACUGUCCUGGCUGUGUUAGAGGAUUCAUCCAGAGAUAUUAGAGAGGCUCUUCAUGAACUCUUAUGUUGCACUAAUGUUUCAACCAAAGAAGGGAUUCAUCUUGCACUGGUGGAGCUGCUGAAAAAUUUAACCAAGUACCCUACUGAUAGGGACUCCAUAUGGAAAUGCUUGAAGUUUCUGGGAAGUCGGCAUCCAACCCUGGUGCUUCCCUUGGUGCCUGAGCUCCUGAGCACCCACCCGUUUUUUGACACAGCUGAACCAGACAUGGAUGAUCCAGCUUACAUUGCAGUUUUGGUUCUUAUUUUCAAUGCUGCUAAAACCUGUCCAACAAUGCCUGCAUUGUUCUCAGAUCAUACCUUCAGACACUAUGCCUACCUCCGAGACAGUCUUUCUCAUCUUGUUCCUGCCUUGAGGUUACCAGGUAGAAAACUAGUGUCAUCAGCUCUUUCUCCCAAUAUCAUGCCUCAUGAGGAUCCUUCCCAUCAGUUCCUGCAGCAGAGCCUUGAAAGGGUAUACAGUCUUCAACACCUGGACCCUCAAGGAACUCAGGAGCUGCUAGAGUUCACCAUCAGGGAUCUGCAAAGACUUGGAGAACUUCAGUCUGAAUUGGCAGGAGUAGCUGACUUCUCUGCUACCUAUCUUAGGUGUCAGCUUCUUCUCAUCAAGGCCUUGCAGGAAAAGCUGUGGAAUGUGGCUGCCCCUUUGUAUUUGAAGCAGAGUGAUUUGGCCUCAGCAGCAGCAAAACAGAUCAUGGAAGAAACCUACAAAAUGGAGUUCAUGUAUAGUGGCGUGGAGAACAAGCAGGUGGUGAUUAUCCAUCACAUGAGGCUGCAGGCCAAAGCCUUGCAACUUAUAGUAACAGCACGGACUGCUCGAGGAGUUGACCCCUUAUUUGGGAUGUGUGAAAAAUUUUUACAGGAAGUGGACUUUUUUCAGAGGUGUUUCAUCGCUGAUUUGCCCCACCUGCAGGACAGCUUUGUGGACAAACUUCUUGACCUCAUGCCCCGACUUAUGACAUCCAAACCUGCAGAAGUGGUCAAAAUUCUACAUACCAUGCUGCGGCAGAGUACCUUCCUACACCUCCCCCUUCCAGAGCAGAUCCACAAAGCCUCAGCCACCAUUAUUGAGCCAGCGGGCGAGUCAGACAACCCUUUGCGGUUUACCUCUGGGUUGGUGGUGGCCCUGGAUGUCGAUGCAACCCUGGAACAUGUUCAGGAUCCUCAGAGCACUGUGAAGGUCCAGGUCUCAUAUCCAGAUGGCCAAGCUCAGAUGAUCCACCCUAAGCCGGCAGACUUUCGGAAUCCCGGCCCAGGGCGGCACCGGCUUAUCACUCAGGUGUACCUCUCCCACACUGCCUGGACAGAACCAUGCCAGGUGGAAGUGAGACUGCUGCUGGCCUACAACUCCAGUUCACGCAUUCCAAAAUCCCCCUGGAUUGAGGGUGGUGAGAUGUCAUCCCAGGUGGAAACCGGCAUCGAGGGCACCAUCCCCUUCAGCAAGUCUGUAAAAGUUUACAUAAUGCCCAAACCCGCAAGGCGCUGAGUCACAAGUAGUCUUUACAGCCGUGGCCUAGAAGGCCCUUCUUGGGGUCAGAGUGAGCCAGAAGCCUGGAGCAUUUCACCUGGACGUGGUAUAUAGGCAUAAGGAAGAACAUGUGACCCUUAUAGUCUUACCUGGUAUCAAACAUUGGAUAAAUUAUUUUGCAUUAAGAAAACAAAAACCUUCAAGUCUAUCCCAUCCCCCACCCCCUACCUCCCUAGCCUUGCCCCCAGUAAAGUUGAGACACCAAGCUGUUGUAGUUCCUGGUCCUUAAAGAAAUCUGUGUGGCUAUAGGUUCAACAUUUAUACCGCAGGCCUACAUUCUUCGGGUGUGAAACAAAAAGAUCCAAUUUUCUAGCCCCUUCCAAAGAACCAGUUAUUGGAGCCGUAAUCUUAUUUCUUAAAGCAAUAGUCUGUUUGCCAGGGCCAACUCCAAAGCAGCUUUCACAGCUGUACUUUUUCACCACCGACAGUUCCUGAAGGGCCCUAGACUUUCAUUAUCUUGCUGAGAGUCUCCUUCCUUAACUCAGGCAAUAGCUGGCCAAGGACUGAAUGAACAGCUGAAGAAUGAAUCACUUUCAUCCCUCAGGGAAAUUCUUGAUCUUGCCUGCCGUUAUCCUUAGAACAAAAAUAUGAGAGAAGGGCCAUAUUUUACAAAAGAAACCAGGAUUAUGGGAAAGAGGGACCUAGUGUAAGAAACAAAGUCAUUUCCCACUACUCUGAUGACUCCAGCGUUGGAGCUGCGUGUGAGCUGAAGGUGCAGCAGGGGUCUAAGAACAGUAAAGGCUCCAGAGAUGUGAACCACGUGAAGGCCUGUGCUAUGUUCUUUACCUGUCAUUUUAUCCUUGCAACAGCCAAGUGAGACUAAGAGGUUAAGUCACUGGUAGGAAAACUGUAAUAACACCUUUACUCGUUCAAAUCCAAGAUGAUUCCAAAGGCCUGAGCUAUACCAUAUGGAAAAGAACCUUCAAAUUUUCUCUCUGUGCCUCAGUUUUUUCAUCUGUAAAACAGAGGUAAUUAUACCGUAAGUGUUGUUGAAUGGGUUUAAUUAAAUAAUGCUUGGCAAAUCUGAAUCUGUGGCCAGUCUUGAUCAUAUUUGGUACUUGGAAAGCUAAUAAAAAUAAUAAGAGCAUACAAUUACUCAGAGGCAGAGCUGGAAUUUGAAUUCAAGCAUGUUUGACUUUUGGUUUAAUAUACCUAAUGUGUGCCCAGCAGUGUUGUAAGCCAUUUACAUGAAUUAACUCAUUUAAUCCUCAAAACUACCCUAUGAAGUAGGUACUGUUACAUUUAUUCUAUAAACAAGGCAGUUGAAGUUCAGAGAACUUAAAGAAACCAGGAUUAUGAGAAAGAGGGAUCCACUAUAAGAAAUAAUAUUGUGAACUACAUCUCUGAUGACUACAGUGUUGGAGCUGCCUAGUUGGCCUAGGACACACAACUAGUAAAUGACAGAGCUGGGAUUUGAACCCAGGAAGUCUGGCUCUGGGGGGUUAUAACUGCUAUAGAGGGACUAAGGGAAGAAGAUCACCUCCGUGGGAUUUACUUUUCUCGUGUGCUCGCCUGUUUAGUACAUCUCAGUGAUGUGCCAUCAGCGGGCUCUCAUGUGUCAACAGAUGCCCUAAAGAAAAUUGCCUGCCUUGGAGAUAAAAUGAAGCUUAAAGCCAGGCUGAACCAUACCAUGGCCCUGACACAAAGCACCUAAUGAUGAUUACUGAGUUGAAGCACAGAUGAAAACAUCAAGACUCAUCGCUGCUAACUAAGCCUUUGAUGCCAUAGCUAUAGAAAGCCUUGCAAGGGAAGAAUAUGCUGAAUCCUUUUCAGAUAACACUACUCCUUUUAUAAAAAUCCUUCUGGGUCAUUCCCCAUUUUACAGCUGGGGAAACGGAGACUUAGAGGUAAUGUCUUUCUCCUAAGGGGCAAGGGCGGGAUUUGAUCCCUAGGUCUUAAAACCCAAAAUAGUACUUUUCCCACCAAAGGUGGAGAAAAACACGAAGGGGCAAAAUUUACCUUAGUAUCAGGAUGAGUUUUUAAGAAUUGAAUGGGCUGCAUUAGGAGAUAAGGAGCUUUCCAUGCUGGAUGUGUUCAAGCAGAGGUUGAACAAGCUCCUGACAAGUUUGUUGUAAAGGAAUUCAAGUAUCAUAUGAGCAGUUGGGCUUAACCUUUUAAAUUCCUUUUACUCUGAAUUCUCUGUGAAUUAUGAGAAUCUUGAUUUUUCUGACAAAGACCUGGAAGGGAGCAUAAAGAUGGCUCUGGUGUGGCACCCUCAUUUAUAAGCGAAUGUCCAAGCCCAGAGAGACUGGGUUAGUAGAAGCAAGUCUGGAACCCAGGCUUCUCAGUCUAAUAUGGUUUUCAUGACAGGGAUCUGUUGUUAUGCCUUUUCAGUGGCCAACCAUGUACCUCGUCAAAGCCAGAAACUGUGUCACAUUGGACUCUAUCCUUACGCCUCCUAUAAAACCGGCCAUCAAGUCCUUUAGAUUCUGCUUCCUUAAAUGUUUCAAUUCUCUUCUUGACUCAGUGUUUCUGUCCUGAUGCAGCCUUCAUCAUCACUCCUAAGGUACGGGAUUAGCUUCCUAAUGAGCUGCCUGCUUCAAAUCUUGCCUUGCCCCCUUUGGUCUACUUUUCACACAGCUACCAGAGUAAUCUUUCUAAAACCCGGAUCUCAUUACACCAUUCCCCUGCUUUAACCCCCUGUAAGUGGGUCACUUCUGGCCCCAGGAUAAAGUCUAAACUCCUAUCCUUGAAGGCUCUUUAUGCCCCUUGUGUCCUCUCCAGCCUCAUACUCCGUGUCCCAAACAUGCUCUACUUCUGCAGCUGUAGAGGAUUAUCUGUAGUUAUUCCCAAUACUUACCAUGCUCUCUCUUGCUUCACACCUUUGCACUUGCGGAGCCCUGGAAUGUGCUCUUCAGAUUGUCUCCUAUGGUUCUUUGCUUUUCAUUCUUCAGGACUGAGCCUCAUUCUGCAACCUAUCUGUGUCUCCUGUGGGCUUGGUGCGUUGCACAGCCUCCUAUACAUUCUUCAAGCGUGGUAUUUAUUGCAGGUUCACAAAUGCCAACCCCUGAAGCAGGUAGGCAGGGGAAAAAAAGGGGUCAGGUGGCUUUGUCAAUCUAAUAAAUGCAUCCUAGGUAAUUUUCAUGAAUGUAUUUUUCAAAAUUAUGAAAAAUAAUAAUCCUUGUACAAAUUUAAAAGGGGGGGGUGUCAAGUGACCUGGAAGAAGAUAACAGAGACUUGAGGAAUCAGCACAUUCUCUGUCAGAAGAAGACAGUUGCUAUUCAGCUCCACUCAGUUGUUCAUAGGUAUGGGCCUGGUGAUGUCAGAUUUUCUGAUUCUUCCAGAGAAGUCAGAAACCUGCAUUUUCAUGUGAAAAAUAACCACAUUAAAAAUUUUGGUAACCAAAUAAAGUAAAUGUUAAAAUUACUCUGAGACAAACAAAACCUGUCUCCAGGUAGAUUUGUGCCAGUUUGAAACUUCUGCAUCGUUACUGCAUAUUUACAUGUCUGUUUCUUCCAACCAGUCUGUGAAUAGCUAGACUGUAAGAAUGUCUGUGUUGUAUCCCCAGCAUAGCUCCCAGCACAUAGCAGGCAAGGAAAGAAGGAAUGAGCCCGUGAAUCCAGAGCAAGGUUAGCUGUACCAUGACAUGCCUGCAAAACCCAGCCCUGAGAGUCAGGUUUCUGAAAGGACUUUAUAUUUGGCUUUGACAUGAUUGACCUCAGCAAACAGAAUUAUGGAGAAAGUACACACCUAGCACUUGGCAGACUGCUCGUCUUAGGAACCGCUCAAGCUAGAAGAAAUUUAAGUGUGGGUAGAGUGAGGGCUGUGCAAGCAACUUACAAAUUGAAUCAAAGGUUUUAAUGAUUAAGACAUGGGACUAAGUAUAGUGUCAUGGAAAAAGAGCUUCUCUCCAGGCUCUGCAAAUUUCCAGCACUGACCAUGCAAAACAGAUUCAGAAGUAGGGGCUGUCAGCAGGUUCUAUACAAAGUUUAAUAACCUCACUGUCAGGUACUUCUGUCUCAAAGAAGUUUGUACUAAGUUCUGUUUAAUGUAGAGACAACUCACUUAGGAACAUUGAUUACACCCACACCUAAUUCAGCACCCACUGGAGCUGUCUCAUCUUACAUUUGACAAAAAAAUUUUUUUUAUUGCAUCAACCAGAGAAAGUCUAAAUUUUAUCAAACAUCCUUCCUAGCUAUAUAAGUGUCUGGCUUUAUGAGCUGAGGGAACUGAGAUCUAGAAACAUCCUGUCAUCUGACAAAUGGCUGGUUGUAGAAAGGGCACUGAGCAAGACCUUCUCAGACCUCUAGGCUGAGUCUCAGGUCUGUGAGGAUCUCUCUCCCACGGGCCUCCUAAGGUGAUAGAAAGAGAUCAGGACACAGCAUUGGGUUCUAAUCCUGCCUUUGCCACUUUCUUGCUGGGUAAGCUUAGAAAUUAGAUCACUUUCCAUUCCAGUGGGCUUAGCUCAUCUUUUCUUGCCAGGCCACAUCUUAAGUUGCUGUUCAGUCUACGGAUUGGCUGUCCUGAGGUCAGAUGCCCAGUGGGGCCAGUCAGGCAACAGGAUCAUGUGGAGCAAAAAUCAGCUUUCUGGGCUGUGGCUUCAACAGGGGCUGGGGUGGAGCAAUUUUAUUUAGUUAUGACCAUGAUAGAUAGACACCAUACCUAAUAAAUAAAGAGUUCCCAAAUGUUUGGUGAAUAAAUGAACCUCUUCUUGUUCUUUAAGACUUGUGUUAUGUCCUUAGUGAUGUCUUCCCUAAUUUUCCUCCCAUUCUGGUAGGAUAAGUUAGUCCACCCUUUGUGCCACCACUGGACCUUGUAACUAGUAUAAUGUUAGCACACUGUAUCAUUACUGUCUUGUUUAUUUGUUUCUCUCUCACAUAACUCCUGAGGGCAAGAACUAUAUCAUUCCUGUACCCCUAGGAUCCAGCAAUAAUUGGUCAUAAGAAUAUUAGUAAGAGACUCUCAGUAAAUGAAUAUAAAAGAGAAGUACUGAAUAAAUGAGAGAAUAGAGUAGAUAAUUCCUUUGGGCUCCAACAUUCUAUGAAUCUGUGAAAUUAUAAGCUGAUAUAUUAAGAACCAUAAAAUGAAACCAGUUAGCUUUACACAGCAGCCCCAUUAGGAGAAAGAUACAAUGGUUUCAGUUUAUUGAGUCCUUACUACAUGCCAAAGUGCCAAGACUUUCUAUGAAUUACCCAACUUAACACCUAUGAUAACUCCAGGUACUAAUAUGAUCCCUAUCUGACAAAUGAGAACAAUGAAACUCUGAGAGAUUAAAUAAAUGCCCAACCAGUGAGUGGCCGUGAAAGCCACAGUUCAAAGUCAAGGCUAUCUGACACCAAAGCUGAUACUCAUAACUCUUUAAAGAGGGGGAAAAAUGAAAAAUAAGGUAAUGCUGAUUACUAUUAUAAUUCUGUCAGUCUAUUCUAAGGCUUCACAAAGGCCACCUGGUAUUUAAUAGAGCAAAGGCUAUCCAUGCCAGUAGGGACCAUUAAAAGGCAUUUAGUCCAGCCCCAUCAUUUUAUAGUGAGGGAAUCUGAGGCAGAGAGAACUGUCUGGCAAGGCUCAGGUUUAGUUAGUAGAACAGCCUGCCUAGAACCCUAGUAUCAAGGCAUAGCUCCUUUUACUGUUAUUGAAGUGUUGCCUCAGUUCAUUCAGGGAUGCUCAUAUGUCAUUGCACAAAGACACUUUCCCUGACCACAUAUCUGAAAUAGCCCCUAUCACUCUUUUUCUUAUCUUGCUUUAUUUUUCUUCAUAACAUUCUACUUAUAUUAUGUAUUUGUUUACUUGUUUAUUUUGCCCACUAGAAUAUAAGCUUCAUGAGCACAAGACUUUUAUUGCUGUUUCUCUGGAGCCUAUAGCAGUGCCUGGCAUAUAAGGUACUUAAUAAAAAUUGGUUGAAUUGAUGACUAAACAUUCCAAAGCAUCAACUGCAAUGUGAUUUUAAUGCACUGAAACUUUUCUUUGGCUUUCAAACUUCAAGUCAAAAGGCUUUCUUUAUUUUUGCCUUUAUUUUCGCUUACUUCUGGCCUAACAUUUGCCACAAUAUUAAACUUUGGUAAACUUCUGUCUCCUCCCCUGAUUUUCAGCCCCCACCCCCCAGGACAAGGACCUUCCCUAAGUCAUCCAUGCAUCCCAAAGCCUAGCACAAGACCUGGCACGGGCAGCUGUUCAAAAAUGCUUGGGGGGAUGGAGUGGACAGAGGUAAGAGUGACAGUCACAGGCAUCAUUGCUUAGUGAUUUAUUCUCAAGGCUCCAUCAGCAGGUGGAAUGGAAGACCCCUCCCACCCUGAUGCCUUGGGUAACCAAGGCAUUAUACUCCUUCACUGCCUUCUCUGUCUGGAGGACCCGCACAUCAAUGCCUUUUUUCUUGAGGUAUUCCACAGUUGAUGGGGGUACCUGGGAAGAAGGAAAAAGAUGAGUAAAUCAGGGGGAAAGGCCCCCAGGGUUUCUUUUCCUGCUAUGAGGCAAGUAUAUUCUACAGAACUGGACAGUGACAACCAUCACUCCUCAAUCACCCAGCGUGUCACCAGCCCAGAAUUUGGCAGUGAGUCCCAAGGAGUCAAAAGCCUUCUAAGAAGUUAACAGAAGUACCAUGAAACAUGUGCAGACAGCUCAGGUGAUACGGAAACUGGAAAGAGCAUGGAUUUUGGAGUCAGUCUUGAAUUUAAGUCCUUACUAGCAUUGUGACUUUGGGUAAGUGAAUUAAAUUCUCUGAGCCUUUGUUUCCAUGUAUGUAAAUAGGGAUAACAAUACCUGCUUACAGGGUUGGUAUGAGAAUGAAUUCAGCUAAAGUAUGGAAAACGUUAAAUGUUUGACUCAGUCCAACCUGAGUCUAAAUUCUAACUUUGCUAUGUACUAACCAAGAGACCUUUGAAAGUCUUUCAACUGCAAUUUCCUCCCCUAUAAAACGGGGACAAUAAUACUUAAAGGGUUGGUGUGAGGAUGAAAUUUUAUGAAUGUAUGUACACUGCAGCUCAAACAUCUUCUCAGAAAGGCCUUUCUUGAUCACCCCAUUUGGAGCAGCCCCUCAUAAGUCACCAUUUUCUUCACAGCACUUACUAUGAUCUGAAAUUGUCUACAUUUUUAUUAUCCAUGAGGGCCAUGAACCUUGUUUGCUUUGUUUAGCUUGUUGUCCCUGGUACCUAGAAUAGUGUCUGCCCCGUAGAAGAUGCUGAAUAAAUAUUUGUAAACGAAUUUAUAUAAAAGAUUCUCAAGAGUGGCAGCUAUUGGAUAUUUUCUCAACUCUGGCUUGCCUUCAGUAUUAUUUUAAAUAGAUUUUAAUUAGACUCUGCCUUGUCAGAAGGAGCUCUGAGUGAAAUGUUUUUUAAAAUGUCCUACAUUACUUCUUUAUAUGUUUGAACAAUUUUAUAAUAACAGUAGUCUUACAGAUAGGGAUCAUUUUAAUGGAGGAAAAAACUAGGUUAAACUAAAAAAUAUAACUAAAGGGCACCUCCAUUGGUAGGGAACUGGAUUUUACGACAUCUAUAUAAAGGACAGAAUGAGGUAGAUCUCUAUAAACUUAUGUGAAAGGCUGUCCAUAAUGCAAUAAUGUAAGUGAAUAAAAAGUUACAGAACAAUAUGUAUAGAGCGAUCCUAUUUAUGUAAAAACAUGUAUAUCAGUACGUGUAAGUGUGUAUAUAUUUGCAGAUGCAUAGAGAGAGCAUUGGAGCAGUUACGACUGGGAAGGGGAAAUCUUUCACCUUUUUAAUUCUACAUUUCCGCAUUGACUCUUUUACAACAAGCAUGUACUAUUUCUGUGACUGGGUGGAUAGUGAUUGCAUUAAUGGAGACGGAGAACACAAGAAAGUACCUGGAUAUUUG